AUGGCAGCUUCCAAGUUGCCCGGAGUGCCUGAGGACGAGACUACCAUCCUCAUGGCCAAAGAAGAGCUGGAGGCCCUGCGCACCGCCUUUGAGUCUGGCGACAUCCCUCAAGCCGCCUCUCGCCUCCGGGAGCUGCUGGCCAACUCAGAGAGUACCCGGCUGGAGGUGGGCGUCACCGGCGAGUCGGGAGCCGGCAAGUCCUCCCUCAUCAAUGCCCUGCGUGGCCUGGGGGCCGAGGAUCCUGGCGCAGCUCUCACAGGGGUCGUGGAGACCACCAUGCAGCCUUCGCCUUACCCGCACCCACAGUUUCCCGACGUGACCCUGUGGGACCUGCCGGGGGCCGGCUCUCCAGGCUGCUCAGCAGACAAGUACCUGAAGCAGGUGGAUUUCGGUCGCUAUGACUUCUUCUUGCUCGUCUCCCCGCGCCGCUGCGGCGCCGUGGAGACCCGCCUGGCCUCGGAGAUCCUGCGCCAGGGGAAGAAGUUCUACUUCGUGCGCACCAAGGUGGACGAGGAUCUGGCGGCCACCCGCAGCCAGCGGCCCUCGGGCUUCAGCGAGGCCACUGUCCUCCAGGAGAUCCGGGAUCACUGCGCGGAGCGGCUGCGGGCAGCCGGCCUAAAUGACCCACGCAUCUUCCUGGUGUCCAACCUGUCGCCAACACGCUAUGACUUCCCGAUGCUCAUGUCCACCUGGGAGCAUGACCUGCCCGCCCACCGUCGCCACGCUGGCCUGCUCUCCCUGCCUGACAUCUCGCUGGAGGCUCUGCAAAGGAAGAAGGACAUGCUACAAGAGCAGGUGCUUAAGACAGCCCUGGUGUCCGGGGUCAUCCAGGCCCUGCCUGUCCCUGGACUGGCAGCCGCCUACGACGACGCCCUGCUCAUCCGCUCUCUGCGUGGCUACCACCGCAGCUUCGGCCUAGACGACGACUCGUUGGCCAAACUGGCCGAGCAGGUGGGCAAGCAGGCAGGGGACCUUCGCUCCGUUAUCCGCUCCCCUCUGGCCAAUGAGGUCUCACCAGAAACUGUCCUGCGACUGUACUCGCAGUCCUCGGAUGGUGCCAUGCGGGUGGCCCGUGCCUUCGAGCGGGGCAUCCCUGUGUUCGGAACGCUGGUGGCCGGGGGCAUCAGCUUCGGCACGGUCUACACCAUGCUCCAGGGCUGUCUCAAUGAGAUGGCUGAGGACGCCCAACGCGUCCGCAUCAAGGCCCUGGAGGAAGAUGAGCCCCAGGCUGAGGUGAGCUUGGAGGCGUCUGGUGACUGCGGUGUGGAAAAACGGGUGGCCGUGGAGGGAACCAGCGAAGACGCCCCGCUGUCCACUCGCAGGAAGCUCGGUCUCCUCCUCAAGUACAUUCUUGAAAGCUGGAAGAGGCGUGAUUUGUCAGAAGACAAAUGA